CGCUUACGCACUCCGCUUUUGGUUCCAUUCCCUCGCUCGCUCGCACGCACCGCAUCGCAUUCUUUCUCCACAUUUCCUUACUCCCUUCUUCCAUUAGUAGUAGAUUUAGAGAGAGAGAGAGAGAGAGAGAGAGAGAGAGAGAGAGAGAGAGAUGGCGGGAGUGGGUGGUGUUGUAGGAGGAGUGAUACUGGACGAGUCUGUACUUUUGGCCUCACAACAACUCCAGCAUCCCGAUUCUUCUUCUUCUUCUCAUAGCAGCAGCAAUUGUGCCUUCUUCCAACCCGACGCCCACUUUUUGCUCCGUAAGCUCCGCCAUUCCAACAUCCCUACGGGCAUUUCUUAUGGACCAGGUCUUGAAGCUCAUAAGGUUAGUAUUCUUAAAGAGGUGGCGACACAGUAUUCAAUCCAUUGCUUCAUCUUGGAUGCGUCCUCUAUAGAUGAUACUACACGAGAGGUUGAGCUAGCUUGGAGAAACAUUGGAGGCUGUAUUUUGUAUCUGGUUUCUAACAAGAAGAGAGACAUCUAUCCUAAACUAAGCAAAUGCGGUUGGCUGAUCACCAUUCUAAAUGUUGAAGGCAGCAGUGCAUGUGAGAAUUCAAGCAUGGUUUAUAUCAACAAACUACAGGAGUUGCCUUUGACUAUUUGCCACAUAAAUAGAAAGGCAAUUGGGAACAGUGUUGUGACUGUCGGUUAUAUUAUGAAGCCUUCUCGUGAAGAAGAUUUUGCUAAGAGGGGUGCAUUCCCUAUGUAUCCUACUCAAGAUGGGCUGAUGUUUGUUCCCCUCACAUUUGAGCUCCCUCUAUCACCUCAGUUACAAGAAGUUGAUGUAGUACUCCACAAAGCAACUGAUGAAAUUAUAUCCAUUGAUUUGAAUAGUUCUUUACAGUCCUCUAACACCAUAACUUACAGCAGGGGGAUGCAGGAAUUGCAAAGAUAUAUGGAACAUCACUUGGACCUCUGUGUGAUUGACCCACUUAACUAUAUUUAUCCUGUACUGGAUCGAUUGAAAAUUCAACAGAUUCUACUUGGGUUGGAGGAUCUCAAAACCAGAGGUUGCCGUGCAAUUAGGGGGCCCAAUUUUCUCAAGGUUGAUGAUUUUAACCAGGCUGGUUUGAUUCAAAGCCUAUCUGAAACUAAAUUAGCUCUUCCAAGUAUAGUAAAACCUCAAGUUGCUUGUGGUGUAGCCGAUUCUCACAGUAUGGCAAUUGUUUUUAGAGUUGAAGAUUUCAAGGAGUUGACUGUUCCUCUUCCAGCAAUUAUACAGGAAUAUGUGGAUCAUUCAUCAACACUCUACAAAUUUUACGUCUUGGGUGAAAAAGUUUAUCAUGCAGUUAAGAACUCUACUCCAAAUGCAGAUACCUUGAUGAAAUUAUCUGGAAGUAAUGAGCUCAAACCCUUGGUCUUUGACAGCUUGAAAUCUCUACCUACUGCCAAGGGAAACCCAAAUUCUGGAGAUGGUAAUAGCUCAAAGGACACUGAUCACUGCAUUGAUCUCGAGCUGGUUACUAGUGCAGCUAAUUGGCUUAUGAGAAAGCUUGAACUGACCAUCUUUGGCUUUGAUGUUGUUAUUCAGGAAGGCACUGGUGACCAUGUCAUUGUUGAUGUAAACUACCUUCCCUCAUUCAAGGAAGUUCCCAAUGAAGUUGCCAUCCCUGCGUUUUGGGAUGCUAUUAAGAAGAAAUUUGAAUUGAAAAGGACGACAUGAGCAACUGCUAGUGUUUUGACUUGUACCUGCAAGUAGUUGGUUUGUUAACAUGAAGUGUGAUAAUGACAACGGAUUUACAGAGGCAAGAGUUCGUGUAAUAGAAUUGUAUUUUAUUACUUAAAUUGCACUCUAUCUCAAGAACUCUAAGCAAUGAAACCUUCUUCUUCCUUUUUGGUCA